AUGCCUUCCGAGAACGAACGACCAACCGAUGAGAUGACGACCCUUCAAGCUCAAUGCACAGCCAAGUCAUUCCAUGAGCAGCUUUAUGAACACCAUAGGAGGGCGGCGACUACCCCGGAUAUAAUGGGCCAGAUUAUCAGACCUGAGCCAGUUCUGUACCAUCAGCAGAGCUACAUACGCCAUCGGUCUGGAUGCGUAUGUACCCUUCCUUCCUCACCAACACAAGAGUACAAACGCUUUGAGGGUGAAUACGAGACGGCAGAACAAUUCGCUCAGGAUUGGAACCCAGCAAAAUUCCCCAAAGCAAAAGAAUGGGCAAACGACGAUUUCCGCUCAGCGAUACAGCACUGGACUUUUGAUCGCAAUAAGAAGAACACACCUGAAGCUAUUGAUGAAGCAGAAGCGGCACUGUAUGAUCCAAACAGCGGUUCCUGGGCUGGUACGCAAGAGUGGGUUAGAGAACAACACGUUUGCGAGACAGUCAUCUACCUCUAUCCUCUCGUGGUAUUCUCGGAUGUUGACUAUCUUCAAGUACCUAUAAUCGCCGGAGCAGCAGGCACAGCAGCCCUAGGAGCCUACCUCAACGCGAAAUAUCAUAUUGCCCAUGACCUCAGGCGUAAACGCGGUGCUCUCUCGCCGACACAAGAUGUCCUCGACUUUAUCACCGACCGUGCAACUCGCAAACGUGCUCUCACGUACCACGCUUUCGAAGACCAGGUCCGCAACCGGCCGAACCAUCCGUUCCUCAUCUUCGAAGGCAAAACCUGGUCAUACAAGGAGUUCUUUGAUGCAUUCACCAGGGUGGGGAAUUGGUUGAUAGAGGACCUGGGCAUACAAGCUGACGAGGUGGUUGCUGUGGAUGGCGGGAAUAGCCCAGAAUUCCUCAUCGCAGACGCCGAUGUCAAGAGCAAUGUCGAGCCAUGCCGUACGGAUCUCGAGGAGACCGGCAUCAAGAUCCAGUACUACGAUCCCUCGUUCUUCGCGUCGCUACCGAACCCGACUAUUAUACCAGACUCGCGCCGCGAACACGUUACUAUAGAGUCCCUCCGCUCGCUACUGUAUACUUCCGGAACGACCGGGCUGCCCAAAGGUGUGACUUUGAGCACUGGUCGCGAGCUCUUGACUGGCUACAGCGCCGCCAAAUACCUCGAACUGAAACCGGCAUCCAGAAUGUACACAUGUAUGCCACUUUAUCACGGGGCUGCGCAUGGCCUUUGCGUUACACCGAUGGUUCAUGCUGGCGGUACAGUCGUAUUGAGCCGGAGGUUUUCGCACAAGACCUUCUGGCCUGAAGUCGCAGCUUCAGAUGCGGAUAUCAUUCAGUAUGUCGGCGAGCUCUGCAGGUAUCUACUCAACGGCCCGACGAAUGCAUUCGAGCGGAAACACAAAGUAAAGAUGGCAUGGGGCAACGGCAUGCGCCCUGACGUCUGGGAACCCUUUCGUGAGCGUUUCAACAUACCCAUCAUCAACGAAUUAUAUGCGGCUACCGAUGGAUUAGGGGCGACAUUCAAUCGCAACGCUGGUCCCUUCACGGCGAAUAGCAUUGGUCUCCGAGGCCUGAUCUGGAAUUGGCGGUUCGGCGACCAGGAAGUGAGGGUGAAGAUGGAUGUUGAUACGGAAGAGAUCAUGAGAGAUGCAAACGGCUUUGCAAUCAGAUGUGGAGUGAACGAGCCGGGCCAAGUGCUGCAUAGAUUAACGCCGGAGACGGUGGCUACUUCACCAGGCUACUACAAGAACGAAGGUGCCACAGAGAAUAGGAGAAUUAGGGAUGUGUUCGAGAAGGGUGAUAUAUGGUUCAAGUCUGGAGACAUGAUGCGACAAGAUGCCGACGGCCGCGUCUUCUUCGUCGACCGUCUAGGUGAUACAUUCCGUUGGAAGUCAGAGAACGUAUCGACAAACGAAGUAGCCGACAUGCUCGGAAAGUUCCCGCAGAUCGCUGAAACGAACGCAUACGGCGUCCUUGUGCCUGGAUACGACGGCCGAGCGGGGACUGCAUCUAUCGUUAUGGCAGAUGGAGUCACAGAGUCAACAUUCGACUUCGCAGCCCUGGCAAAGCACGCGAAAGCGGUCUUACCGAGUUAUGCAGUGCCGCUGUUUCUGAGAGUGACGCCUGCAUUAGAGUAUACGGGUACUUUAAAGAUUCAAAAGGGUAGGUUGAAGACGGAGGGUGUUGAUCCGGAUAAGAUCACUGGAGAGGAUAGGCUGUACUGGCUACCGGAGGGUAGUGAUCGGUAUAUUCCAUUUACGAAGAAGGAUUGGGAGGCUGUAGUGGAGAAGAGGGUACGAUUGUCAUAG